AUGGUGGUACAUGUAUUCCUCCUGGAGGACUUCCGAUUGCUGAUGCACAAUUAUUUGGAAAAUUCUACAUAUGGUGGUACAUGUAUUCCUCCUGGGGGACUUCCGAUUGCUGAUGCACAAUUGUUUGGGAAGUAUGUCUACCUUUUGAUGUCGCUGUUUGGAUCCCAAGAAGAUGCAACAAUGGAUCAGAUUUAUGGGGGUGACUACGAGGACUCGGUAUUUCGGGCAUCACUGUUUGGCCAAAAUCUGCUACAUUUGUGCAAACUCCCUCAGCACACCGCCAUCGUUCGCUUAUGGAGAUGCCGUCCUCGCCAAUGCACUCUCCAGUGGAUGGAAGAUCUAUGUGCUCUGUUUGGGGAGGUCACUGCAAUGAUAUUGUGGCUGGCGCUUUUGUGGUGGCUCCAACUAUGGUGGGCCGCCAUGAAUUCACCAAAACCUCUUUGCUAUUUAGACAAGUUUCAGCUGCUUUAUGAACGAGUGGAAAGGAAGUGGGAUCCUGCUGAGUUGGAUGUGAAUGGACAUACUUGGAGUCAUAGUUUUUCCUCGAGUUUUUUUGGCACUGCCAUCCCUCCUGUCCUACCUCCUAGGGGUCCAGAUUCUUUUCGACAUGGUCUCUCUGAUGGGGUACAGACGCCUCUUGCAAAACGACAAAGAUUGGAACUACCUCCUGCUGGUCCACCACCUGGACCACCACGACCUGAACACACUGUCCCCUUUACAGCCAAGAAGCCUUUGUUUAAAUCUUUGCUCCCAGUGGAAGCAGGUCAGUCAGUAUAUGAAGCUGUUCUGAUGAAGAAAUUGGUUCGAGGUGAUUCUCCGCUUCUCUUGAAUCCACAAGGUAUGCUGAAACACCCAAUUUGUUUUCGUGCUGCGUUUGAGGGGUCUUGCUUGUGUAACAACGGAACAGGGAUUUGUCAGUCCCGCGGCUUUGCAAAAUCUAAAGGCGUGGGACGGGAUUGUCUGCAUGUUGAUCUUGCAGAUCCUCGAUGGCAUGCACCAGCUUACGCUGAAGCGAAUUGGGCCCCAGUGGUCAAGUUUGUAAAAUUGUACCAAGAGAAGGGCGUUCUUGGGCCCUCUGAUUGGUUCAAAGCACUGACACCAAGUGCACAAUGGGCUCCGUGA